AACUAGCUAAGCUAUAUAAAUGCACAACCAUUUAUUUGUUUUUAUGUGGAUGAAUGACCCAAAAAUGGCAACGGCAGCGUUCUCCUUCCUCUUCUUCCCAACUUCUGUAACCAUCAUUAUUACCAUAUGCACCAUCACAAGAGCAACAAACCUUCCCAAAUUCUCAUCCAUUCUUGCUUUUGGGGAUUCCACAGUGGACACUGGUAACAACAACUAUCUUCAGACAUUUUUUAGAGGCAACCAUUCACCAUAUGGUCAGGAUUUUCCAGACCAUAUCCCAACAGGAAGGUUUUCCAAUGGAAAACUCAUUCCUGAUAUUGUAGCAAGUUUGCUACAUAUUAAAGAAACUGUUCCUCCUUUCCUUGAUCCAAGUCUUUCAAAUGAAGAUCUCCUUACUGGUGUUACUUUCGCAUCAGCAGGGUCAGGAUACGAUGAUCUAACAGCAGCUGAAUCUCGAGUUAUUUCCAUGUCCGACCAACUGGAGCUCUUCAGAAACUAUAUAUCAAGGCUCAAAGGGAUUGUUGGAGAAGUGGAGGCAAAUUACAUUAUUGAUAAUGCUUUGGUUAUUGUGAGUGCAGGUACUAAUGACUUUGUUUAUAAUUAUUAUGAUUCACCUACAAGAAGGCUUCAGUUCAACAUUAGCACUUACCAAGAUUUUCUCCUCAGCAAUCUACACAACUUUAUCAAGGAAUUAUGCAAUCUAGGAGGCCGUUCAAUGGUCAUUGUUGGGCUUCCUCCAAUUGGGUGUCUGCCUUUACAAAUUACAGCAAGAUAUAAAGAAUCUAUGCAAAGAAAUUGCUUGAAAGAUGAGAAUUCAGAUUCUCAAGCAUACAAUAUAAAGCUUCAAAAACUGCUAAGUGAAAUGCAAGCAGUAGCCCCAGAGAGUCAGAUUGCCUAUGCAAACGUGUUUGAUCCACUGGUUGAUAUGAUUACUCAUCCACAAAAAUUUGGUUUCGUGGAAACGAGCAGAGGGUGUUGUGGCUCAGGCUUUGUGGAAGCAGGAUCCCUGUGCAACGCAGCAACUCCAACAUGUGGGAUGGCCGCUCAGUUCCUGUUUUGGGAUUCUAUUCAUCCAAGUGAAGCAGCCUACAAAUCUCUCUCUCACUCCCUUCAAAAACAACUCAUUCCCACAUCAUCUUAGCCUUUGAUAAUUUUAGUCUAUUAAAAUCAUAUGUCUCCUUGCCUUUCGUUACUACAUUAUACAAUAAGAAAUUCUAGGUAUAAGUAUUAGGAAAGUGAAAGGAACAACUUAUCAACAAUGAUUGUUUUAGUUGACUUGUGCUUCUAAGUUUCUGCAAAUAUUAGUAGAGUUUGAGACGGAAUUGUCUGGCCACUCACUCUGAUGGCUAAGUCAACAAAAAAACUUUAAAAUAAAAUAUAACUAAAUUAUUUAUAAAUUGUGUACCUAUUGGUCUUAUGGUGAUUCUCUUAUAUAAGGUUUUGAAAUCAUCAUUGUCAUACUUGGAGUAGGAUAAUCUAUGUAAGGAACUUCUAUUCCUUAUAAAUUAGUUUUUUCCAA